AAAUAUGACGUCCGUGGAGUAUUACUCGGGUUUUGGUUUCGUCUGGAGCCGAUUUCCUUCAGAUUGCUGGCGCCCCGAGCUGGAAUUCCCCAAGACUCCAUUUUUCUUAGAAUCCGGGAAUCGGCUGAGGUGCCUCUUCUUCAGUCCUUUUAUCCGAAUCUGCCUCAGGCCAAGGUCAGUUUGACCUCCGGCGAAGGGGAAUCAAAUUGGCUCAGCACUGAGACCCAAACGAAAUCCUUCAGCCAUAGUGUCGUUAAGUCAGUCUAUGAGGAGAGAAAUUGCUUUGCUUCGCAGGUGUAA